CUCCCGCCAUCGCGGUUUGUUUGCGGCCGCCCGGUGGCGGCGGCGGCGGCGACCGGAGCCCGAACGGAGCCGAACGGAGCCGAACCGAGCCGGAAAGAGCCGAAAGCAGGCGGGAAGAGCCGAGCGCAGCCGAGCGCGGCCGGCCGGGCAUGAGGAGCGGCGGGACGCGGAGCCCCCCGCGCCCCCCGCCCGGGGCCGGUGCUCCCGGGGCUGCCCGGUCGUGGCCGCCGCUCCGCGGGUCCCGGUGACCCCACGGGAGCCGCCGCACAGGGGUUUGGGCUAUGCGGUGGUGGCUGCGCGCCGCCGUCCUCAGCCUGCUGGCCGGAACCGGGGGCAGCGGACGGAACGAGCCCCGGUCCGUGGCGGGGCGUGUCGGUGGCAGCGCGGUUUUGGGCUGUGGACUCCUGAGCGCCCACGAGACUCGCCCGCCGCUCUACGUGAUCGAGUGGGUCCGUUUCGGCUUCGUCCUCCCCAUCUUCAUCAAGUUCGGGCUCUACUCCCCACGCGUGGACCCCGAGUACGCGGGCCGUGUGCGGCUGGAGGAAGGUGCCUCCCUACGCCUGGACCUGCUGCGAGCCGAGGACCAGGGCUGGUACGAGUGCCGGGUGCUCUUCCUCGACCGCCACAGCAGCGACGCCGACUUCCAGAACGGCACCUGGAUCCACCUCACCGUCAACGCACCCCCAACCUUCCUGGAGACCCCCCCUGCCUUCGUAGAGGUGCGGGACCGGGCUGCUCUGAGCCUCACCUGCAGGGCUGUCGGCAACCCCCAGCCUGUUGUCACCUGGAGGAGGAGUGACCUGCCCGUCCAGAGCGGGGACACGGUGCAGGUGAGGAACGGGACGUUGAGCAUCGCCGUGGUGGAACGUGCCAGCGCGGGCACCUACACGUGCCACGCCACCAGCAAGGAGGGCACCGUCACCCACACCACCCGUGUGCUGGUGCAGGGGCCGCCUGUCAUCGUGGUGCCACCGCAGAAUGUCACCGUUAACGUCUCCCAAGAUGCCUUCCUGGCGUGCCAGGCUGAGGCUUACCCAGGGAACCUCACCUACACCUGGUUCCAGGGCAGCAGCAACGUCUUCCACCUCAGCCACCUCCAGGCUCGUGUCCGUGUCCUGGUGGACGGGAGCCUCCUGCUGCAGCGAGCCACCCCGGAUGACGCUGGCAAAUACACCUGCACCCCCAGCAACGGGCUCUGGAAGCCUCCUUCCGCCUCAGCCUUCCUCACAGUGCUCUACCCAGCGCAGGUGACCACCAUGCUCCCGGAGACCCACCUGCCCAAGGGCAUGAGGGGCGUGAUCCGCUGCCCCUGCAGGGCCAACCCCCCCCUGCUCUCCGUCUCCUGGACCAGGGACGGCCGCCCGCUGGAGCUGGACAAGCUCCCCGGCUGGUCCCUCCAGCCCGAUGGCUCCAUCGUCAUCGCCACGGGCAACGACGACGCGCCGGGGCUGUACCGCUGCACGCCCUACAACAGCUACGGCACCGCCGGCCCCUCCCGGCCCACGCGUGUCCUGCUCAAGGACCCUCCUGCCUUCACGGUGCAGCCCAAGGAGGAAUAUUUCCAGGAGGUGGGCCGGGAGCUGGUGAUCCCCUGUGCAGCUCACGGGGAUCCCCCACCCACCAUCACCUGGGUGAAGGUGGGCAGCGUGGGGAAGAGCAGUGCCCAGGUGGAUGGGAACAGCAGCCUCGUCCUCCACCCCCUCACCAAGGAGCAGCACGGAGUCUGGCAAUGCACUGCCACCAACCAGGUGGCCAGUGUCACCACUGCCACCUCCGUCCACGUCCUGGGUACCAGUCCCCACGCUGUCACCAACGUCUCCGUGCUCCCGCUGCUGCUGGCGGCCAACAUCUCCUGGGAGCCAGGCUUUGAUGGGGGAUACUUCCAGAGGUUCAGCGUUUGGUACACCCCACUGGUGAGGAAGCCACCGCGGGCACACCACGACUGGGUGUCGCUGUCGGUGCCAGCGGGGGCUCGGCACCUUCUGGUGGAGAACCUGCAGCCAGACACCAGUUACCAGUUCAGUGUCCUGGCCCAGAACAAGCUGGGCAGUGGUCCCUUCAGCCAGAUUGUCACCUCCGUGCCCAGGGGCUUCCCAGUGACCACAGUGCCUCCAGAGCCACCAGCCAUCACUGUGCACGUCUUCCUGUCCCCACCACGAUCUCUGAGGGCCAACGAGAGCGUCAGGGGGGUUCUGCUUCGCUGGGACCCCCCUGCCCGUGCCUCAGUGGCGCUGAGCGGGUACGCGCUGGAGCUGCGGCAGGACAAGGGCGGCUGGGAGGUGCUGGAGAGCUCCAUCCCCGCCACUGACACCCAGGUGCUGGUGCCAGGGCUCAUCAAGGACGCCUUCUACGAGUUCCGCCUGGUGGCCUUUGCUGGCAGCUACAUCAGCGACCCCAGCAACACGGUGAACGUCUCCACGGCAGGGAUGGAGGUGUACCCGUCCCGCACGCAGCUGCCCGAGCUGCUGCCACAGCCGGUGCUGGCGGGGGUGGUCGGGGGGAUCUGCUUCCUCAGCGUGGCCGUCAUCUUCAGCACCACGGCCGCCUGCAUCAUGAACCGGCGCCGCGCCGCGCGCCUCCGCAAGCGCCACCAAGAUCCACCACUCGUCUUCUCCCCCAGCAAGAAGCUUCCACCUCCACACGAUGCUCGUGGCCCUGCUGGCCCCACCAGCACGGUCAGGCUGAAGCUGCAACCAUCCCCGUACCGGAGCCUGCACCGGACGCUGCUGUGGGGUGAAAAAGCCGGUACCAGCCUGGGGCUGAGCAUCGCCGGUUCCCGUUAUCCCGCCUACGAGAGCCAGGACCGGGAGAACGUCCCGUUGGAACGGAUCUGCCGCGGUCCCGACGGCCGUUUCGUGUUGGGCUCUCCAUCCCCGGAGCCUCCGCCGGUCCCCCCGCAGCCCUACCACCAGCUGCCCGCCCAGGAGGAUGAUGAUGAUGAUGAUGAUGAUGAGGAAGAGGAAGACAACCAGCCCGUGUGGCACAGAGGGGUCUCGCUGCGCCCCCAACCCGCCGGGCAACCCCACCGGGGCUCCCGAGGCUCCGGUCACCGUCACGGUCGUUACUUCGGUUACAGCAGCCCCGUGGGUGAGGCGGUGGCGUUGAGCAUCACCGAUGUCAGCCCCGUGGUCUCUACCGCCGCCACUCUGCCUUACAGCGCCGUCCCGGAGCCCCCCGAGCCCCGCCACGGCUCCCCCUGGGACUCACCGCCCCACCGGGGCUCCCCCAAACCGGCUGCCGGUGCCCCGGUACCCCCCGGUGCCCCGGUACCCCCCGGUGCCCCGGUACCCCCCGGCCCCCCGGUACCCCCCGGCCCCCCGGUACCCCCCGGUGCCCCGGGAAUCAGCGGGAUCCUGCAGUACCUCAGCCUGCCCUUCUUCAAGGAGAUGUGUGUGGAUGGCGAUUGGCCCCCACCGGAGGAACCGGAGGAACCCCCCGACCCACCGGAGCCCCCCGCCAGCCCCCCACCCACCGAACAGACGCUGUGCCCGGACUGCAUUGACCCAAGUGCCAACACCACCUCCUCCUCAUCAUCCUCUUCCUCCUCCGCUCUCCUUGAGCCCCCCCGGUUCCCCCCGGGCCCCGCCAAGGCUUCGCUGCCCGGUUCCCCCAUCACCGGGAUUGCCCCGCAGCCGGUCCCGCAUCACCGGACUGAAACACCGGGGCGGCCACCGGAGGCUGCCGCCCCUCCCCACCCCGAGAAGCUCCCGCGGGGCAGCCUGACCAGCCAGAGCAGCGGGCGGGGCAGCGGAUCCUUCCUGCGGCCCCCCUCGCUGGCACCGGCCUUGGGGGGCACCUUUCUGGGCACCCCCAUCGCGGAGGGCAGGAUGGAUGUUGGCACCGGGAAGAGGAGAAACACCUCCGUGGACGAGAACUACGAGUGGGACGCGGAAUUCGCGCUGGAAUCCGAACUCCUGGAGGCGCUGCAGCUUUACCGGGGCGCGGCCCCGGCCCGGCCCCGUUCCUCCAUCGCCCUGCGGGACCUCCAGCGGCACCAUCCCAACACACGCCGAGGUGACGGCGCGGGCGGCGCGGUGCCACCAGAGCCACCCACGGGUGCCACCCCCGCAGAACCCCCCGCUGUCAGCAUGGCCAACCGGGGCCCGUCCUACGGGCUGAGCCGGGAGGUGCAGCAGAAGAUCGACCGGCAGUACGACCCCGAGCUGGAGCAGGUGUUGGUGCGCUGGAUCCUGGCACAGUGCGGUGACACCGCGGUGGCACAACCGGCGCCUGGCAGGGACGGCUUCCAGCAGUGGCUGAAGGAUGGCACGGUGCUGUGCCGCCUCAUCAACAGCCUCCACCCGCGGGGACAAGCGCCCGUGGCCAAAAUCCAAGCGUCGGCCAUGGCCUUCAAGCAGAUGGAGCAGAUCUCGCAGUUCCUGCAGGCGGCCGAGCGCUACGGCAUCGCCGCCACCGACAUCUUCCAGACCGUGGAUCUGUGGGAAGGCAAGAACAUGGCGUGCGUGCAGAGGACCCUGAUGAACCUGGGCAGCCUGGCCGUGGCCAAGGGUGACGGGCUCUUCGUUGGAGACCCCAACUGGUUCCCCAAGAAGUCGCAGGAGAACCGGCGUGUCUUCUCCGAGGACAAGCUGAAGGAGGGGCAGAGCGUCAUCGGGCUGCAGAUGGGCACCAACCGGGGCGCCUCGCAGGCUGGCAUGACGGGCUACGGGAUGCCCCGCCAGAUCCUCUGAGCCCCUCCUGCUGGGCACCCCCCACCCCAAAACCGCCUUAACCCCUUCACCGUGGACCAACCGGGUGCCCCCCAAACCCGGGCAGCCGCCCCCUCGCCAGUUUUAUCAGGACCAAAGUCAUUUUUUUAUUAUAAUUAUUAUUAUUUGGCUGGGUGGGGGCGGUGCCGCUGUGCCCACCCCAAUGCCCCACAGUGCCUUGGGGGGCUGCUGGAGGCCCCCCCAGAGUUUUGGGGAGCAACCCCUGUGCCCCAAUAAAUGGAUUCACUUCUU